AAACAUUCCUUUGACAUUUUAAAGCGCUUUGUUGACUUCGAGUGUUUUCGAGCGUCAUGGCCGACCUGUCCGAUCCUGAUUUGGGGGCUGCUUAUUAUAGAUCUAGUGACCCCAUUAAAAAUCUUAAGAUACGUGUUAAGUUGAGCAGAAUCUCCUCGUCAAACAUUGUGCCACAAGGUAAACUAGAACAAGAUGGAUCUAAUCUGGAGAUGCAGAAAGUGCAAGAAAGCAUGCAGGACAUUGAAGAAAGAGUGUUUGAAUGGCAGCAGAAAGAAUUUAGCAAGCGGGAAAUUGACUUGUAUCAAAACAUUGCAAACUGUACAUCACAACUGGAAAAGGACUACCAUGCUAAAGUCACAGAAUUAUUGAGCAAAGGUCAACAGCACAACAGGCUCUUCACAUACGUAGACCAUGACAGAUUUUCACAGCAAGAUGAGGCAGUGUUCUUCAUGACAAAUUCACCAAAUGAAACACCCACAAUCCUCUCUGAUAAAAUGUCACAUCUACGCAGGCGGAAAAUAGGCGGAGGCAAAAAAGCAAGAGAAAGGGGCGGUGCUUUUGUUCCCAAACUAAAUAUUGUGGAGGAGACACCAUCAGAUGACCUCAGAAACAAAAAUCAUAUAAUGGCAGCUCCAGCACAAGUCAUGUACAUAAUGGCUGACCUUGGUCCAAAGGACAGACCUUUUGAGGAGGGGGAUGAAGUGGUGCUGUGCUCUCUACAGCUUGAUGCCAAUGGUGUCCUGUGUAUGAGGCCAGACUUCAACAGAGGAAGGAAACCUUAUGUAGCAGAGACAUCUAGUCUUGGUAGAGAGGUGUUUGAGUACACAAUUGAACACAAUUCUAAAGUGAUGAGUAGACAAGAGCAAGACAAAGAACUAAAAAUGUACAGAGAAAUAUACAGCCGCCACAAAGACUUCUUAUCUACUUGUGUUGGUCAUGAAUUUGAACUACCUCCCCCAGAAGUAUUACGACUCAUGGUCUGUGGAGAAAUAGAAAAAGCCAGAAAUUUUGAGUAUGAUGACCUCUACAUUCAUUUCUUUGUUGAUAUUCCUAAAAAUUGGAAAGUAGAUGGACAUCAACAGUUGUCCUGGGUGACUCAGACGUGUGCCACAAAAGUGGAAGGCAGGGAUAAUGUGGCCCAUUUUAGUUAUCCAUUUGAAUUUGAGAUGUUCUAUAAAGAUGAAAGUUAUGUAGACGAAAACAAAGAUUCCUUCCCUCAUUUUCCAUUCAUCCUUAUGGAAGUAUUAUCCUUGGAUUCUUGGAACAGAUUCAGAACAGAAGGCUACUCCUACCUAGCCAUUCCUCCCCGACCUGGAGUAUACAAGGAGACAGUAAACUGUUGGCGACCCCUGGGGUCAAAUUUUGUGUCAGAGAUGAGGAGGUUUUUCAUUGGUGGAUCCCCAGAGUUAGAAGAUCCGACAUACACUGCCAUUCCCUCCACUUUUGAUGGGCCAUAUCUGAGCAAGUAUGGAUUCCGUACAGAGUCGACAGGGAGUGUAGAUGUCAAAUUCAACGUUAUAAUGCAGUCAAGGUCCUUUUUGGAAAGGAAAGCUACUAAAAAGUCCUUGGGUUCUCUACUAGAUACUCUUGGAAUUAAUACAGUGCAGCAAAACAUACAGUCAGUCUUAGAGGCAUUCAAGAAGGCUCGACAGAGGAUGAGGUCUCACCUGUGUGGAUGUACAUCUUACAUUGCCACAUGUUACCCCACUGUGAUUGUCAAAUUUUACUAUCUUAUUCUAAGCCAGGAAAAAUGUAACAUCAUAUGUACAGUUAAUCAAUGCAGAGAUAAAAUGCAUUCUGGUGAAGAACCUGGCAAAGGAAAAACUCCCCCAAAAAGGGAUAAGAAAAAGAGAGGUGAAACUAAGAAAGAACAACAGAAAGUAUCACCAGAACCAAAGGCUAGAAAAGAGGCAAGUAGCAGUGCUCCUAGAGGUACACCACAGGAACAACCUCGAAUUCCAACAAUGGCAGAGAGGAAGUUCAACAAUCCUGAGAUGCGGUCAAAAAUAGCGCAGAGUGUGGCAUCCACCCAUCAUGCAACAUCAGGUGGCAAUGUUGUUACUGUCCCUUUAUCCACGAUACAACAUAGAAAAGUGGUGCCUGUGCACUCGUUGGGUGGGGGAGAUGACCACAGUUCCUAUCACAGGAGUGUAUCUCCAUCCAGGCCCCAGGGACAAGGGGGUGUGGUUCAAAGACCUGCUCAACAACAGCAGCCCAGGUGGAUCAUUCAAGGGGUGCAGUCUCAGCCCCGAUUGAGUGCCCCAAUUCCGAAACCAGCGCCCCAGCAGCAGAUAAUACGAGGUUCAGUGGUCCGGCAAGGAGGGGAGAAAAUUGUUCUUCAGAGACCCCCAAAUCAGGAGGGCACUGGGAUACUGAGACAACAACUUUUUCAAAAAAUUUCACAAUAUCCAGAGAGUCAUGAAAAUGUGUUCACGCAGUACAAACAAGGAGCUGUGUCAUCCACAGCUUCAUCAGUACAGGAGCUAGUAGAACAGCAUGGGCGACAGAGUGCUGUCAGCAAAGAUAUACCAGCCGCUCACUCCGGAGACAGAUAUUCACCUACUCCCCAGCAGGUUUCUACAAUAAGAAGGACCCCAUCACCUGCUCACAUCCAGAUGGGCCGGGUGUCCCCUGGGCCUCCCCCCGCCCAACAGAGGCGAUCCCCAGGACCCCCCUCAGACAGGACACAGCCGGUCAACUUGUCUGUAUCAGAGAUCAAGGAGACGCUGGCCACAGUGAGGGUGACACAGAGCCAGGCAGGGACCCUCUAUACAGGGGCUGUACAUAGGGCUCCCGGCACAGACGAUGAAUGUCUCCCUGCAAAAGAUAUGAUGAGUUAUGCACAGGCACAAGGGGACCUGCUGAAGCAUGCCCUUAUGACAGGAACUAUGCCACCUCAUGUGAAGACCAGUGGCUUGUUCCAAAAGUCAGCUCAGAAAGAACAAGUCGGGAACCCACUCCCAAGAGAUAUGGCAGCGAUACAUUCAUACUCUAGAAGAACGCCCAGUCCCAGUCACCAAGGUCACGUGGACAUGGGUCGCAUAUCCCCCCACCAACAGCGACACCCUUCCCCUAACCCCACCCAGAGACAGCCUUCCCCCCACAACAGAUACCCUAAUUACCCAACGCAAAGCCAGCCCUCACCUCCACAAAGACAGUUUUCUCCCAAUCCUCGACAGACAUCUCCCUAUCAGAGGCAUCCUAGCCCAAGUCAUUCCCCAGGACAGAGUGCAGGAGUACAUGGCUCACAGCCAGGGAGGGACUCAAUCAGCCCUGUGGUCACCACUGGGGUCUCUAACGCUCCUAGACGGACCCCCUCACCUAAACCCCAGCACAGACACAAGGAAUCGAUGGCAGCCUUGGCAAACCCCAGGCCCCAAGCCCCGCCCUCUACUGUCAACAUUGGAAAGACAUCAGUUCCAAUUCGCCAGCCAUUUGUGAAUUUGGUUCGAUUGCAGGAGGUCCCUGGAAACACUGUUUCUGUAAGUCAACAAGUUCCCUCCAAACAGGCACCACAGAUCUCGGGCACACAGAGACAAAACCCAGUUCUUCAGUCUCAGCUGUCACAGGGCUAUGAACCACAUAUUUCUCCGGAGAACAAACUGAAAGAACAAGCACCUGCUCUUGCUCCAGUAUCAUUUCAACCAAAACAGGCAAACCCCUUCACAUUUCCCCCACAAAUACCAAUGCAGAUUUCCAAACUGGAGCCCCAUGCUUUCAGUCAGUACAAGGACCCAUUUCCCGUACUGGAGCCGGAGAGGAAAAGUUUGCCUGAAGUUAGGAGGGAUAAGAAGAGUUUGAGUCCUGAUGAAAUGCCCAGGCUGACCCCUGUUAAUCUUCUCAGGUCUGAAAAGCAGGUCCAAGAUACAGAAAUGAUGGAAAUGCCUGCCCCAUUCAGUAAGAGACUCCAUAACAUUGCUAACCUUCCGACCAGCUCCAUCAACAGAUCAACAUACAGGGCUCACAGUGUGGCAGUGCACAGGGCCAAGGCUGGACUCAUUACAAGUACUGCCAAAUCUUUGGACAUCUUAAGGCAGAACAUCCAGAGAUUCAUCAACAAAGAAAUUGAUGUCAUUAUACAGGAUUACAUGGAGAAAUUUUUCAAACCAGGAGUAAGAAAUAUCAAGUUGAAUAAUGGGGAAAAUUCGGUGAAUGAGGAACAUGUACAGGCUGUUUGUCGACAGAUAUUGGAAGAGGCUAAGAAAAUGUACUGCACUGAUCAGAGUUUUACCCCGACACGACCAGAAAUUUCUGACAAUGUAUCUGAGAGUGGUAGCACAGGAAGCAGAAGGCUGAUUUCACGAAAAAGACGAGGCUCAGAUUCAGAUUCUGAGAAGAGUUCUCUCCCUGUCCCACGAAAGAAGAAAGGCCGUCCUCCUUUAUAUGUGUCUGGAAGGAGCACUCCAUCUAAGACAGUGAAAGCCAAUGAUCCUGUAAAACGAGAGGGACCCAAGUGGGACUGUGAUAGACUUACGACAGAAACUUUCUUUGUGAUGGGAGCAAAAGCAAAUAAGGCACUUGGCUUGGGAGCUACCAGAGGCAGAAUUUACAUCAAGCAUCCAGAUAUUUUUAAGUACUCUGGAGACCAGGAUGACAAAGUGUGGCUAUAUGAAAAUCAGCACAUGCCUGCCACUGGGGGGAAGACGUACAUGUUGAUUCUGGAGGACAUCAAAGAUCUAGGCAAGGAGGAUGACUACAGGGACAACCCUAGUGUACAUGUGGACACCCUGAAAGGAUUCCCUGUCCCUCAGUGGAUGAUUGACAAGAUCAAGAUUCAGAUGGCAGCCCAGCGGACAGACACUUUUAAGUCUAAAAGUCGCAGUAGGUCCAAUACUCCUAGUGACAUCAGGACAGGGGGCCAGGAAGAUGGAGCUGAGGAUAAAACACAGAAAAUUCCUUUCUCCUCAUUUUCUAGCCCUAAAACUGAGGACCAGGAUCCAGAUAAAGAUGAGAAAUCUUCCUCUGCUGACACAGAAACAGAAUUUCUCUCUGGUAAUGACAAUGAUAACAACAGCACUCUGUCUCCUUUUAACAUGACAGGGGGAUUUGAUGAGGGUGCAUCCCCCUCCCCCUCCCCCUCAGAGAUAGAGAACCUGGAGGAAGAGGAUUAAACAAUAGUUUUAGGGUUCAAUGUGUGACUAAAGGUGAUACACUGAAUUGUAUAAUAAGUGCAACAGAAGAGUACAUGUAUUCAUAAUGUACGUGUUUUUGUAAAGACUCAGAAUCUUCAUCAAGGUUGAUGGUAAAUGUAUUUUUCUUGUCUGUCUGUCUGUCUGUCUGUCUCCAACAUUAACCAGAGCCAUAUAUUUUGAAGUGUACAAGGUAGAGAUGUCAGACUCUGAAAUGUAAUUCAUAAGGUCUGAGAUUUAUGUCAAUACUCUGAUAUUUCAUGAGUGUGUAUAGUGUUUUUUUUCCCUUAAUUGUGAAGAAUUUGUAUUGGUGCAUUUUGAGACACCUGUAAAAUACAUGGGUAAAUUUUGUGAUACAUCUUUGCAUCAUAUUCCUCUUCAGUCUAAACUAGAGAAGAAAGACUUUAUUGAUGCCUUCAAUAAUUUUAUGCAGCCACUCUUAUAAAUGUGAAUUAUUCUCAUGAUUUUUCAGGUCAUUUUGCUAUUAGGCCUUAAAGGAAGUUAUAGAAACAAAUACCGGUACCAUAAUCCUCACUUGUCUUUUUACCUUUAUUCUUUUAUAAAAAAAAUGUAUCACAAAAUUUCAAAAUUACAUGGGUAAUUACGAAUUACAGAUAAUGAUCUUUACUCAUGUUUUAAGAGCAAUUUGCAGUUUUUGGAUAAUUACCUGUAGCGGUACUUACAGUCUUUUUUUUAAAGCAGAACUAAGAUUUGAUUGUGUACACCUCUAUGUAUAUCUUGGAUAUUUAUGUACAUAUACUUUUAUAUAUACAUAUAUCUUGUAAAUGCAUAUCUUAUAAAAUUUGGUGAAUUUUUAUUUGAAUAAUGUGAAUAAGACAUUUUAAAGAAAUUUUUUGACUCGUACUUUUACCGCUAUACAUUUACAUGUACCAUGUAUUUGCAUUUGAGUGCUUUCACAAUAUAAUCAUGUUAAGAUUUGAUGAAUGAAAUCAUUCAUAUUGUUUUAAAGUGUUGUUAAAUCUCUUAUCUUUCUUUGUUUACCAUUCUAUCAGAUCUUGAUUGUUCAGUUUGUUUCUGUAAAGCUAUUUGCAUAAUGUUGUAUACAAGACAUGUACAUUUUGCCCACAAAUUAUUGUAUGUACAUAUGUGUACAAAAAUGGAGAUGCUAACCUAAUGUAUCUCGGGUUAUAUGAGAAGUAGGAAGAUUUGUCGAAGUCAGUCAUGAAAUGAUUUUAAACCUGAAUUUUGUACUUAACAUAAUGUUUGGAGAUUUAUUUUUUGAAAAAUUUUCCUCCAAGGAAAUCAACAUUUUCAUACAGCCUAAAUAACCAAAUUUAUGGUGUGCACUUUUUGAUUAUUUUGUAUCUAUGUAUAUUGGACACUACAAUAUGUGGAUCAAUUGUUAAACAUUUGUUUUGUUAAGACUUGGUUCUCAAGACCAAAUGUAAUUAAAUUUGACUACAUUAGGCAUGUUUUAUAGGUUAUAUAUGUAUUUGACUUGUCUUGUAUUUUUUAAUGUAUAAAUGUUGAAACUCUU